AUGUCGAAGUCUUUCAGACAGUCAAACCCUGCUACGGAGAAUUCCCAGCACAAUACUGCAACAAGCAACGCGAACUUCCGAGCUGAUCCACGUCGUGGAACCUCAGACAAAGCCCAUAUGAGACCAAUUCAAAACCCGGGGAUCCAAGAACAAGAAGAACAGAUCGAAGGGAAAGAAGAACAAUGUUGGCAGGCAAGAGCUCAAGGACCUCGGGCACGAAGCUUUCGGAAUUCCGCAUUCAGCUCUGAGGAUAUAAAUUUCAGUCGACAUGAAGAAAAUGAAUCGUUAUUGGUCAGACCUCUAACCGACCAGUCUCUCGACUUCUCCUCUUGUGGCUCUACCUUUCCUUCCGGUCGCAAAGAUCCGACGGUUGAAAAUGCCUUCCAAUUACACACAGAGAAUCCUGCUCUGGUUACUAGCACUAGCAAUCGAUAUAGCUCCCUAAGCAUACAGUCCCUCUUAUCUCAACAAGAUAAACCGCAUAACCGCAUAUUCUUUCCUAUAUCUGGUAACAACCAAAUUCAAAGUCAUCUUGACGAGAUAUUCAAGCCAUCACACGAGUUGUACUCUGAUUCUGAUACUAUGAGCUUACAGAUGUCCCAAGAUAUCACUAAAAAUCAACGAAAAAUAUUCGAGGAUAACUGGGAUGAAGAGGAAGAUGAAGAAGAUGAAUACGUCCAGCUUGAUGACGGUCUUGUCUUGAAAUCAUCGAUCCGAGGUAGACCAGCGAAGAGAAACCGCGGCAAUAACAGUGAAAUCAUCGGCACCAAUAUUCAGGGAUUUCCAUGGAGUCAUCAUUCCAACAAUUCUAUUGCAGCGUCUUCUCCGGUAGCCUUGUUCUCGCCUUCAACGACUAAUGCUUCUUCAACUAGCAUCUACACAAGAGCCAACCGACAGCCAUAUACUCGUGACGCCGCAGGACACUACCCAUGUCCCCAUUGUUCCAAAGUUUAUCAGACUUCCUCUAGUGUCAGCAGACACGUGAAGGUAGUCCAUAACCAGAUCAAACCGAGGUGCGAUACUUGCGGACGCACUUUCGCGGACAGACGUCGACGUGAUGGGCAUCACAAGAAUCCCAAGAAUGAGGACUGUUAUGCAGAUUGGCUCAGAGGCCGCUAUCGACACACACAAAAGAAUACACAGUUCGAAUCCAGUCGACAUCUAGCUGAGAUUAUCGUUGGUCCCGGCCCAGUUGGCGCCUCCGAUUCUCUCUCGGCUCCAACCACUCGUCAGUUCAACAACGAGCCUGACCCUGCGUCCAAGAGAACUUGGUCUCCGAGUAACUACGAUCAUACUAGCCUUGAAGCUACGAAUCCACAAGUUGACUACAGGUAUAUGGGUAAGAUUGGUAGUCUUGCUUGCCCAGACCAGCCGGACAGUUCGACCUUCGAUUUCCAGCCGAUAUAUGCUUCUAGACAUCCUACCCCUUCUCAUACCAGCUUUGACGGUUCACCUAUUUAUCAAAAUCACGGAAAUUAUGGAUCAAAGAAGGACAAGUCGGAACAUAACCAACGUGCAGCUGGAUCUCGUGCUGGAAGGGAGCCUUUCCCUUUCACUUUCUACCAACAGCCUUCCGUCUUCAGCCAAAGUUUUCUGGACAGCUCUCGUCCAGUUACCUACCAGACUCACAGCAGUGGAGAUUCUUUAAAACCUCUUUCUCAUCAUAACCGUCUUAGCAGCCAAGGACUCAGUCAAGGUUAUGGAGAUCUCAAGCGAGGCUGGAACGACUUUGUGGCACCACCGCAGGUAAACACAUCCGACGUUCAGCAAGUACAGCAUUCAGCCGACUCUAGAUCGACUCAAGGGUUCCAUCAACAUGUUCCUAUGAAUUCUGAUACGUCUCCCCAAGGUUCUCUCGGAUUUCCUUCUCGCGUGGGUCACAGACUGAGUGGUCCUCCAUCUGACGACAACAGCGAUCUCUCCCCACCCGGCGAUCAAGGGAGACAAGUUAAUUCUGAAAAUGACGAAACUCCUUUUGAUUGGAGUCCUCAGGCCCAAACUCAUAUGGCAGCGACUGUGCCUGAAGCCACAUUCUAUGACUUGGAGUUCCGUUCAAAUUUUCCCUUCACUAGCGAUUCUCCUGCCCAUGAAUCUGGCACAUCUUCAAUUGUCAAUAUCGGUAGAAGUCACCUCUCCCCCAUGACGCCGGCCGGAAUUCCGUUUGAGCCUACUUUAUGCUUCAAUGGCGGCGAUCUCCAGCUUCAGACUGAGUUUGGACUAGAUACUCAAUCGCCAGUCAUUGAUGAUAAUACGAACUGGUAG